CUUACUCAGACACUCUUUUCUCUCACUUUUCCAUCUAUCUACAAAGGGAGGAGACGAUUGUUGGUGAAGUCAAGGUUGAGUGCAGGGGACAAGUCACACAUGUGCACAUACUGCUCAAAGAAUUUAUUACCUACACAACUCUGAGGCACAAAAAUAUUGUGGGAGCACAAGGCAUUAGAUUGUGAAGCUGUGAGGACAGCAUACAGGACCGGGUACAGUGGCACUGAAACCUUGAAAUAGAAGCAAUUUGAAGAUGUGGAAGAGAUCAAAAGUUACUGAUCAAACUGCCACAGGGCAGAGUGGAACAGAGAAUCAGCCAACCCAGAAAAAAGGAAUCAAAAGAAGAUCGAAGGUUCCUGGGGUAAUGAUUACACAGUAUGUGGAGGAAUUGCCAGAUGGGAAAUCUACUCCUGAUUUUACCCGCAAGCCCAUUGCUUUAACCAUUCAAGAAGGUAAAUUGGCUAUCUUUAAAGCCAUCGUAAUUGGAGAACCCAAACCCACUGUGUCAUGGAAGAGAGCAAAAGGAGAAAUGAAUGAUCCUCAAAAAUUUCAGAACAAAUAUGACCCUGUGACUAAUGAGCAUACUUUAGAGAUGCCUAAAGUAAGUGGGGAACAAGCUGACACAUACAAAUGCUAUGCUGUAAAUGAGUAUGGAAAGGCAGUCUGCACUGUCAUCCUAAAUGUCAUUGAAGUUGGAUUCAAAAGGAGUAAAGAACUUCAAAAAACAGAAGAUUUGGAGGAUCCAGCAGAGUUCCGAAACAAGCUAAGGAGAAGUGCUGGAAAAAAGAUAGUUGAAAAAAAUAAUGGAGAAAUCGAUGAGGCAGUGUGGGAUCUGUUGCUGUCUGCUGAUAAGAAAGACUAUGAGCGCAUUUGUAUUGAAUAUGGCAUCACAGAUUUCCGUGGAAUGCUGAAGAAACUGACUGAUCUGAAGAAACUGAGGGAGCAAGAACACGCCACGUUCAUUCAGCACAUCAGCAAUCUGAAACACAUUGCAGUAAAAUCAGAAGAUUCUGCAUCUUUUGAGCUGGACCUGGAACUCAAGGACCCCAACAGUCGCAUUUUCCUCUAUAAAGAUGGCAUCAUGGUUCCAUACAGCAAAGAUGUAAACAGUGAGAUGAAACACUACUUGAAGCAAGUGGGAAAAAAAUUUGUGUUUACAGUAAAAAAUCUUACUCUUGAGGAUGCUGGUAUUUAUCAGGUGGAUGUUGAGGGAGUCAACAUUUUCUCAACAGAUUUCAAGAUUCCCCCUGUGGAUUUUCUGGUAAAGAUUCAGGAAGUGAAGGCUGAAGAAAGAGAAGAUGCCAUAUUUGAAUGUGUGACUUCUCUGCCUAUGAACAAAAUAUUAUGGACACUAAAAAAUAAUCCAUUAUCCAAUAGUGAUAAAUAUGAGAUUACCGAUUCUGAGGACAAACUGGUUCACCGUCUGAAAGUCAUUGACUGUAUGCCUGUGGAUGCCGGAAUCUAUUCUGCUGUGGCUGGCAUAAAGUCAUGUAGUGCCUGGCUUGUGGUAGAGGGCAAUAAAGAUCCUGCCAUGAAAGGAAAAAAGACAACCCGCAAAACUACGCAGGCCGGUGGCAGUGGAGCUGACUUAGCUAAAAUUGCUGCUGAGCAUCAACAAAAACUCAUGAAGGAGAUGGAAGCUGCUAAAAAAGCGAAGUUUGCGCAAGAUGCAGCUGCAGCCAAAGCCCAAGCAGAAGCGAAAGCUGCACUGGCAGCAUCAAAAGCUGCUGCAGCAGCAAAAGCAGCAGCUGCUGCUCAUGCUGCGGAGGCUGUGCUUGCAGCAGCUAAAGCUAAAGGCAUGUCACAGAAAGAUGCACAAGCCCAAGCUGAAGCAGCGGCUGCAGCUGCGGCAGCAAAAGCCCAAGCUGAAGCUGAGGCGAAUGCCAGAAAAUUGGCUGAGGCCAAGGCUAAGGAAGCAGGCUUGAGUGCACAGGACAUUGCCAAUGCAGGAACAGCUGCUGCUGCUAUGCUUACUGAAAAUAUAGCUGCAGUAGAGGAACUUGGACUGGCUGGAACAGUCAUAUGGGAUGGAAGUGCUAAUUCUGUAGGGGGUACUGGUCUUGCAGGAGGUGUUGGUCUUACAGGGGGUGCUGCUCUUGCAGGUGGUCUUAGUUCAGCAGGAAGUGUUGGUUCUGCAGGAGGUUCUGGUCUUGCAGGAGAUGGCGGUAGUGUGGGCCGAGCAGGGGUGGAUGCUAAUAAACAUGCAGGAACAGAAGCUUUAGUGGCUAACACUUCCAAAGUUGGAGGCAACCCACAUGGUAACACCGGUCAUAACCCAGGAGGUAAUCCCGGUCAUAAUCCAGGUGGUAACCCAGGCCAUAAUCCAGGUGGUAACCCCGGUCAUAAUCCAGGUGGUAACCCUGGUCAUAAUCCAGGUGGUAACCCUGGUCAUAAUCCUGGUGGUAACCCCGAUCAUAAUCCAGAUGGUAAACUGGGUCAUAAUUCAGAUGGUAAACUGGGUCAUAAUCCAGGUGGUAACCCUGGUCAUAAUCCAAGUGGCAACCCCGGCCAUAAUCCAGUUGGUAACCCUGGUCAUAAUCCAAGUGGCAAUCCUGGUCAUAAUCCAGGUGGUAACCCUGGUCAUAAUCCAGGUGAUAACCCUGGUCAUAAUCCAGGUGGUAACCCGGGUCAUAAUCCAGGCGACAACCCCGGUCAUAAUCCAGGUGAUAAUCCAAAUGGAAAAGAAAUUGGUAAUCCAGAUGGCAACCCAAGUGGCACUCCAAGUAAAAAUGGUACUAAAACUGAGGGCAUUGAGGGAGCUCCACCUGAUGGUGAGGCCACUGAAGGCAAAAAGGAUGAAUCAACUGAGGCUGGCAAGAGUGCAGGCCACAAAAAACAAGGUCCCCUGGUUCCAGAGAAAACUGCUGAUCCUGGUGUUUACAUCUCUGCUGGCUUGGAAGACUGCAAGGUUAUUGUAGGAGAGGCAGCUGAGCUGCUCUGCAAACUCAGCAGUGCAGAGUGUAAGGGGCUCUGGUACAAAGAUGGGAAAGAGAUUUCUGAUUCUACUGAGGGAAUGACUAUCAGCAAAGAUGGUGCGACUCAUAAACUAAAUAUCCACAAAGUAUCAGAGGAGUUUACUGGAAAAUAUAAAUUCGAGGCUGAUGGUCGUAAAACUGAAGCUAUGAUAAUUUCUGAAGAUCCACCAAGAUUUGGUGCAAAAGACCUUGAAGCAUUUGCCAAAACAAGAGUGGUCAAAACUAAUCAAAAAGCUGAAUUUAAAAUACCAUACAUUGGCUGUGAGGCCACUAAGAUUCAGUGGUAUCAAGAAGGCGAGGAACUUAAACCAGAUACAAACUGUAGAAUUGAAAUUAAUGAAAACAACUGCCGUUUGUCCCUCAAUAAACUACAGCGCAAGGACAAAGGAGAAAUUAAAAUCAAAAUAAAAAAUCAGUUUGGCACAGUUGAAGCAAUUUCUAAUCUAGUUGUACUUGACAAACCCACUCCACCUCUUGGACCUCUGGAAAUAGUUGACGCUUCUCCAAACUGCAUUGAGUUUAAAUGGCGCCCACCAAAAGAUGAUGGGGGUUGCCCAAUCACUCAUUAUAUCCUUGAGCGCAAUCAGGUUGGACGCAACACAUGGAAGAAGAUUGGACAGAUUCCGGGAGAACCCCAUUACAAAGAUUCUGAUGUAGAGCAUGGGAGAAGAUACUGCUACCGCAUCAGAGCUGAGACCUCGGAGGGCAUCAGUGACUUAAUGGAGACAGAAGAUGUUCAAGCUGGGACUAAAGCAUACCUCGGCCCACCAUCUUCUCCUAAAGUAAUUAGUGCAUUUAAAGACUGCAUUACCUUGUCAUGGACCCCUCCAACCAACACUGGGGGAACCAACAUUUUGGGUUAUAACCUUGAAAAACGCAAAAAGGGCAGCAACUUGUGGAGUCUUGUUAAUCCUCUUGAGGAGCCAAUCAACACCAAGAAAUAUGCUUGUAAAGAUGUUAUUGAGGGCAUGCAGUAUGAGUUUCGAGUUUCUGCCAUCAACUUAUCUGGAGUUGGUGAACCAAGCAUACCAUCUGAGACUGUGUUUGCUAGAGAUCCUAAAAAACAUCCUGGUAAAGUAAUUGACCUUAAAGUGACAGGCUCCUCAUACAACACGUUGUCCCUUUCUUGGACAAAACCAAAAGAAGAAAAAGGAAAACAUGAUCAAGCUAAAGGAUAUUUUGUGGAAAUUAGACCAGCAGAGAACACAGAAUGGGAUCGUUGCAAUAGCAAUGCCAUUAUAAUGAACACCUACACUGUGAAAGGAUUAAUGUCGAUGGCCAUGUACUGGGUGAGGGUGCUAGCUGUGAAUGAAGGUGGAGAGGGAGAACCUCAGGAGCUGAAAAACUACAUUCGAGCUAUGCCACCUCCUGUGAGACCAAGGUUCACAGAUUCCAAGAUAAAGAGCUUCAUGAUAGUCAAAGUUGGGAACACAGGACGAUUCACUAUUAAUUUUGUGGCCUCUCCAGUCCCUGAGGUCAUUUGGCUUAAGGACGGAAAUCCCGUAUCAAAACGUGUGAACGUUAGUAAUACUGAAGAUUGCUCUCAAAUCAUGAUUCCAUCAGCUGAGCACUCUGAUAGUGGAGUCUAUACCAUUGUUGUGAAGAAUAUUGUGGGCCAAGAGACCUUCAGUGUCAAUAUCAGAGUCACAGAUGAGCCUAAGCCUCCAGGGCCUGUGGAACUGGAUAUGAAUGUACCAGGCUCUGUGACACUCACAUGGGCAGCCUCACCAGAUGAGAAACGAGACGAUCAUCUGCACUACAUUGUGUCCAAGAGGGACUCUGUUAAACAAACCUGGCACACAGUGGCUGAAAAUAUCUUUAACAACAGGUUCACAGUCUGCAACAUCAUGCCAGGCAGAGAGUACCAGUUCCGCGUUUAUGCCAAAAAUGACAUGGGACAAUCUGCUCCUUCUAAAUCUCCAAAGUGGUUCAUUACUGAGAAGAAAGAGAAGUACAAAAUAACUAUGCCAGAGACAAAAACCUGCAACCUAGAAGGACCCCCAAAGUUUCUCGUCCCCCUGAAACUGCACGCAGCUCCACAGGGCUAUGAGUGUUACAUGAGCUGUGCUGUGAGAGGCAAUCCCACCCCUCAUGUCACAUGGUACCACAACAAUAUUAGUAUCAACACCGACUCCAACUACUACAUCACCAACACGUGUGGCGUCUGCUCCAUGCUCAUCCUGAUGGUGGCUCCCAAUAAUUAUGGAGAGUACAAGGUCAUGGCAGAAAAUAAAUUAGGUCGAGCAGAGUGCGCCACCAGGCUGACAGUCAGAGAAUAAGCCAUGGACAAAUGAAGGCAACAAAAGCGUCCAUCCUUAAGUCUUUAUAAUUAUUUAUUUUGAUGGGUUUCAGCUAAUUGUAGAAGUAACAUGCAAUUUGUGAGUGAGAUCUUCAAAAUAUUUUUUGUUUUACAUACAAGGAUGUUGUUGCUGCUGCUGAUUUGCAGUAUACUGUGUAGUACUUAACAUUCAAUCUCCUCAUCCUUUGCUAUUUUGUUUUUCUAAGAUUAGUUGUCAAGCUUAUUAUUUGCUAAACAGUGUGUUUGCUACUUGCUGUUCAUUUUACUUUGCUCUGAAAAAAAAAAAUCAUUAUUUUUCAUGAAUGUCAUUUGUUUGAUUUUAAAUUGUGAUGCACUGACAAACAACAAUAUAUGGAGAUUUAAAGCAAUACUUUUUAUGACAAUGAUUAUUAUUGGCAUGAAUAAAUUAUUCAAGUUGGUAAGGUGGAGGAUUGACUAAUUACUGUAAAUUAUUCAGUUCUGUAAGUACAUAGAUGUGUAGCAUCAUCAACAAUGUGUGCAUGAGCAGGUACAUAGUCAGUGUUAAACAUUUUUUUGCUUGUUAGCAUUGCCAAAUCCAAGUCAUACUAUUGGUAUGUACACUAUAAGAGUAAUGUAUUUAAUACUGUAGAUAUGCAAUAAAAUCAGACCACAACAAAAAUACACCCUUCUUAUCUUGCUCUCUCAUAAGGCAAAGCACUAAAGCAUUCUGCUAUUUUGGUCAGAUCCUUUCACUCACGUUAAACAGGGGUCAAAUAGCCAGGCUCAUGGAUCACCAAUACAUCAUCA